AUGAAAUCUGAGUUUGAGAAUGUUGUACAGAAUGUGAACUUAUUGGAUGAUGAAAUCGUAGUCGAUAAUGGUGUGACUUUACUUGUGCUUGAGGUCAAUUACAAAAAAUAUACAUACAUCGAAAAUUUUCCAUUUAGGAAGAGCAACUUGAAAAAGCACGACAACGAAUUAAUUAUCAUGGACAAUCGAUACUGCUCGGAUGUGGGUUGGUAUCAAAUGAUGAUACAGAUACAUUUGUCUAUAUGUUUAGGACAUGACUAUAGUAACAUACUGAAAAAGUUACAAAAAAAGUUUGAAUACUGUGAUGAUAAGGGUUCGAUUUUCUAUACUAUACAUGGUUUGGUUUACAAACAAUUUGUUCAAUAUUUUGAAGAGGGUUGGAAGGCAGGAAUGUCGACAACUCAAUGCAAUGAGAAUAUGAAUGUGUUCUUUGAUGGGUAUACGUAUUCGAAGACCUCAUUAAAGCAAUUUGUUGAACAAUACGAACGAGCUUUGAUGAAUAAAGUUGAGAAAGAGAUUCAAGCAUAUUUCAAAUCUUUUUCACAAAUGGUACUGCAUAUAAUGAGGUAUGAAAUGGAGAAGCAAUUUCAAACUGUUUAUACCAUUUCAAAGUUUAGAGAAGUUCAAGAAGAGUUCACUAGGAAGCUUUAUUGUGAUCUAAUAUAUUCUUCUAAGAGAAGUUUGGAGACGGCAUAUGAGACGUGA